AGUGUGAGUAAUGUGCUGUGUUGGCAAGUAGAUGAGUGUGAGGUUUAUGAGUAAUGAUUAGUUUGUAUUUCAGGAUACAUUUUAACUCUAACUUAAUCAUGAUAAAUUAUAGUAAAGUAAUUAAAAAUGUCUUUAUUGUUUUUUAAAUACAGUAGUUUUUUAAAGAUAGUUCUGACUUAGGCUUGGGCAAAUUUAAAUGCAACUAUCCCAGCUAAAUAAAGUACAAUUUGGCAGUUUUAGAACAAGGAUUAUAUUUGCAUACUCCCUACUCACUUCAAUUUUCUUUUACUGUAUGCUUUUUUGUGUGCUAAGACCAUGUUUUGUUAAAGCCCCUGUUUCCUGUUACAUCUAAACUAGGAAACAGAAGCAUACUAGAUUGAAAGUAGAUUGCAACAGACUACAACCAAUUAAUGGCCAUUGCAUCAAAGAUAUGUGCAGGCAGUAUUCAUUCUACAUGAGAUGUUCACAAUAUUGUCAUGGAUUCUGUAAAGAACCACACAUCUCUCUCUAUAGAUACUUGCUCCUUUGUAGCAGAAUAGUACAACUGUGUAUGUUCCCUUCAGACUGUCUUUGUGUUACUUCUACUGUUCCUUAGAGAACAGCUGCAAUGAAGUAAAGAAACCACUGUCAAGCCCAUUAAUCUCUACCCAUCCCCUCCUACCUUCUCUUCCUUCCUGGAAAAAUACAAUUGUCUUUUAUGUUGCUUCCAUUACAGUUCCUAUGGGAUCUUAAAACAUCCCAUAUGCUGGUAGCACAUGCUCUCUGCCUUUUGCUUUUAUUUGGCACCUCCAUUUUACAUGUUAGAUGAAUAAAAGUAAUUGUUUGCAUUCAGUUGAGGAAAGGCUUCAGAGGGGGAGGCGACAGAAGCAAUUUGUGUUUAUUUACUUGUAGAAAUUCAUACACUAGAAAUAUCAUACGGCCAACAGUCCACAGGCAGUGGAGUGGUGGGACAAUCCUAAUAGUUGUGGAGGGUUGGCUGUGGUGUAGUAUGUUCAUGUUAGAAUAUGUAACAACUCUGGAUUACAAAAUAAAAUAGUAUAAAAAUGCUUUAAAUAAAUAAAGCUACACUGAAGGAUUGUUCUAAAUUAUUCAUAAGCCUCUCACAAUAUUUCUAGUAUGCUUUUCCCUUUAUAGACAUAGCAUUUAAUAAUUGGUUAAAAAUACUUAGAAAGCAAUCUCUGUUUUACUGAAAAUCAGUAAAACUUCACUCUUCAAGGAUGGAUAGAACUAAAAUUAGAAUAGAUUAAAGUUUUAAUGUGUCAGCUAGAAGGUACAAGGUAGCAGAUUUCUACAAGGAAGGUGCUCCUCUAUACAGGGACAUGAACCACCGUGAAUGAAUAGCUACUUUGUCCGCACUAGCUACUGCAGCUGUCGCGGGCCUGGAGAGGCAGGAGACGUAACAAGGAAGUGCCAGCUCCAAAGGAUCUAUUAAAUAGGUCGUAUGGGAGCCACCUGUUAGUCUAUUUCAGGUGAUAACGCGCGUGGUGGAUGCGACCCGUAGAAACGUAGAGCGCGCGCGCGCCUCGCCACCGCCGCGCAGCUCCUUCCCAACGUUCUCCCUCAACCCUCGCAUGCGCAGUUGGCUCGUCGCCGGCUUCUCAGGCCAGCGCUAUGCAACGGCCGUCGUGGGGGCUUCUGCGGGCUCUCUGGUUAACGGGGAUAUCGAUACUACUGCUCCCUCAGUGGUCCCUGCCUCAGGAUGGCGUGCGUGAGUACAAGGGAGGAAGGCGACGACAGAGCCUCUAGGGGCCGCUGAGCCUCCCUUUGCCCCUUCCGCUCGCCUUCCCGCCGUCUCCCCUCGUGCUGCCAGAGGCUUCACGAAGCGCGGCGCGCGAUGGGCGGGUCUUUCCAGGCGCCUGAGGUUUCUUCUGUAGAACUCCUCCAAACAUUUCUAAUGGAUCUCACAAUGGGACUGGAGCCUCUUUUUAUGCUCUUGGAACAGUGAUAACAUACACUUGCCAUGAUAAUUUCUCUCUUAUUGGAGCACACUCUAUUUCCUGUGGCAUGGAUGGUGAUACUAAAGGAGUGUGGAAGGGAAAGCUCCCUAAAUGCAAAGUGGUGAAAUGUAAAGAUCCAGUAGUUGAACAUGGAUUAAUAUUAAGCGGAUUUGGACAUUCGUAUACAUAUGGCAACACUAUUAGAUUUGAAUGCAAAACUGGAUAUUUUCUGAUGGGAAAUUAUUUGAUUAAAUGCGGAGCGAACAGUAGCUGGUAUCCUGCGCUGCCUUCAUGUAAAGAAAUUGAUCCAGGUUUAUGCGGUGCCCCAUUAAUUCCAAGUGGGACUGUGCGUCCAUUGCGACAUCAGUAUAAGAUUGGAACAAGUGUUGUUGUAGCCUGUAAUAAGCAGUAUUCUUUUCCUGAUGAAACCAUGGAGAUGAAUGUAGCAUGCCAAGGCUACAAUUCCUGGUAUCCUCCUGUGCAAGCAUGUUUCUUUAGAACUUCACCAGACAUUUAUUACCUGUCUAUCCGUAAUGCAAGAAUAAUCCGGGGGAAGAAAACCAGCUAUGAGCCUGGAGAUACAGUUACUAUUCGAUGUUCUGCUGGCUAUACAUUAGCAGGGCCAUCUGAGAUUCGCUACAUUGGUGGGAAGCAAUGGUCACCUAAACUUCCAUCUUGUUACCUGAGUUUUGUCUUCGUACUGCUUAUAGCUGCAUGUUUGCUUAUUUUCUUAUGGCUGCCAGCCCAAUCGGUUUACACGGCCUUGUGUUCCGGAUAAAGCUAUUCUAAAACAACUGCUAAGAUGAUUCACCAAGUAUACUAGAAUACCAAAGAUGCUUAAGCUCUCCUGAAUCUUCAUACCUCUUUGGAAAAGUGACUUGUUUAAUGACAAAUGCUGCUGUGGCAGCACCUUGUGGAAUUCUAUAUGAACAAACUGCUGCAUUCCCCAACAGCCUCUAAGGAUGGAACUAAAUGUUAAAAGAAAUCCAGGUUAUCUCUGAAAAUGCCACAUCUGUUCUGACUUUUAUUCUUUCUUCUCCUUAAUGUCUAGUCAUUGCAACUUACCCCAUGCAAUCAUGUCAUUACACCGUGUAUAUGCUCAACUGCACUGUCACUGUCUUCUGCUGUUAGAGAAAUGUAUAGCAUAAAUAUGUUGAACACAUCAUUAAAUUCUAUAGAGCAGAAGAAACCCAAACCAGGGCUGUAUCCACUUUGAGACUGCUUCGCUAUCAGUCUCCGUUGUCAUGAAAAGGGGUUACCUUGAAUUAAUUAAAAAUCUCUUACAAUCCAAUAUAUCAAAAUACAGUAGUAAUCCUUCUGUUGUAAACAGCAGAAUGUCAUUACUAUCCAUGAUGGUUUUCCAGAACAAUACCCGGCUGCUUUUUUCAAAAUCUCUUUGGAUUUUAGAAGUUCACAAAAGCCAUUCUGGGGUAAGACUUCAUGUUUGAGAUGCACUUGGUUUAUACUGACCACUGCUUUAAAUCUGAAUUGUAUAAAUUGAUGAAGAUAAUUUUGUACUUUUGUGAAUCAAAGAUUUUAGAUUGUAGGAAAUAUGCAUAUGUAUCAAUAUGAUAUGUUAAAUCUCUGCUUUAUAAAUGGUGUGUAGAUAGUGUGUGUCCCUGUACCUUUUUAGGCAGUUACUAGUCCUUGACUAAAAUGAUACUGUGUGAGAAUCGUGCAACAGUAGUCUGCACCACAAAUGAAAUCCUAAUAUACUAACGUAAGUUUUCAGCCAUAUGCAAAACAA